AGCUUCAGAAGAACCUAGUUAGAUCGAGCCUGAUUGGAAUGUUUUCGCAUAGCUUUCGGGGAAUGAAAUAAAACUUGUUCUGUUCAUCUCCUGUUAAAGUGAUAUUGGAUUUUGAGAGAGAAGGUGCUUUGUGAUGUAUACUAGAGUAAUAAAGAGGAACCAGAGAUGGGGUUUGGUAUUGCAGCAAGCCAAAUACUACUUAGUUAGGCCAACCAUUCGUGACUACACAGUAUCUAGAUCUUAUGGACUCACAACCAAUAGUACAAAUCUGACAAGAGGUUCUCUGUUCCGUUCGUUUUCUCCUAGUGUUGCCUCGAGAAAUAGUUUAAGACUCUCGAAGAACAUCCAGCUGCGUAGUUUCAGCUCUGAAGGUGAUGGAAGGAACGCUAGUGGUGAGGAUAAACAUGUCUCUUUGAACAAAGGGAGUGACUUAGGCGAUGGAAAAGCCGCGAAGGAGAGCGGUGUUGGGCAUUUAGAUUCGCAUGCUCAGCUCGGAGAGCAGGACCAAAUAGAGUGGCUCAAUAGCGAGAAGCUUGCCAGUGAAUGCAAAAAGAAGGAGUCACCUCUGCUUUCUAGAAGAGAAAGAUUCAGAGACGAGUUCUUAAGGAGAGUCCAACCUUGGGAGAAGAUACAGCUUUCGUGGGAGACCUUCCCUUACUAUAUCCACGACCACACUAAGAAUAUUUUGGUGGAAUGUGUUACUUCACAUAUAAGACAAAAGGAUGCCGCUUCGGUUUAUGGUUCCCGUUUAGAUUCUUCAAGUGGAAGAAUACUGCUCCAGGGUCUUCCAGGCACUGAACUUUACCAGGAGAGGCUGGUACGAGCACUUGCUCGAGAUGUACAAGUUCCCCUGUUGGUUCUUGACAGCAGCGUUCUUGCCCCUUAUGAUUUUGCUGAUGAGUACAAUGAAGACUCUGAAUCUGAUGGUGAGAACGCAGAAGCGGAAGCAGAUGAGGGCACAACAGAGUCUGAAGGUGAGGAAGAUUCUGGAGCGAAUAGCGAGGAGGAUUCUGAAGCAAAAGCAGAUGGGAGUGACAAUGAGGAAGCUCGUCUCGAGGUUACCGAGGAAGAUAUCAAGAAAAUUGUGCCAAAACUUGAGGAGCUCGGAGAGUUAGUAGCGGAAGAACUACAUGGAGCUGGUGGAGCUUGCGAAGCACCAGCUGUUGAGCAUUCUGAUAAAGCUAGGCGCCCGGCAAGGAAAGGAGAUCGAGUCAAAUAUGUUGGGCCUUCUAAGAAGGGUGAUGCAAAGCACAGCCCAUUAACUACCGGACAGCGUGGAGAGAUCUUUGAGGUGAAUGGGAACCGAGUUGCGGUCGUAUUUGACAAGGAAGGUGAUACAUCAUCAGAGGGAAGCGAGAAGAAACCAAAAAAGCAGUCCCAGAAGCCACAUAUACACUGGAUAGAUGUGAAAGACCUGAAGCAUGAUUUGGAUAUGCAGGCAGAAGAUGGUUACAUUGCCCUGAAGGCUUUAAAUGAGGUUCUGCAAUCCACACAACCACUUAUUGUGUAUUUCCCAGACUCGUCCCGGUGGUUGUCUAGAGCUGUACCUAAGGAAAAACGAAAUGAGUUUGUAGAGAAAGUUGAGGAAAUGUUCGAUAAAGUGUCAGGUCCUGUUGUAAUGAUCUGCGGACGGAACAAGAUCGAGACAGCCUCCAAAGGGAGAGAGAAAUUCACGAUGAUACUCCCAAACUUUGGCCGCAUUGCAAGGCUGCCCCUUCCUUUGAAGCAUCUUACUGAGGGACUCGGCGGAAGUAAAAGUUCAGAUGAUAAUGAGAUAUACAAACUGUUCACUAAUGUUAUGAACCUACUUCCUCCUAAGGAGGAAGAUAUCCUUGCAGUAUUUAACAAACAACUUGUAGAAGAUAGAAGAAUUGUGGUAUCACGGAGCAAUUUAAAUGAGAUACUUAAGGCCCUUGAGGAAAACGAGUUAUUAUGCACAGACUUGUACCAAGUGAACACUGACGACGUGAUAUUGACAAAACAAAGGGCAGAGAAAGUUGUUGGCUGGGCCAGAAACCACUAUUUAUCUUCUUGUUCUAAACCGUUGAUUAAAGAAGACCGCCUGAUUCUGCCUCGUGAAAGCAUUGAGAUUUCGGUUAAAAGGUUGAAAGCACAAGAAGACAUUUCUCGAAAGCCUUCACAUAGCUUGAAGAACAUAGCAAAGGAUGAGUUCGAAAGCAAUUUUGUCUCAGCUGUAGUUGCUCCUGAAGAAAUAGGUGUCAAGUUUGACGAUGUUGGUGCUCUCGAGCAUGUGAAGAAGACACUGAAUGAGUUGGUUAUUCUUCCCAUGCGAAGGCCAGAGCUCUUCACUCGUGGCAAUCUCUUGCGGCCUUGUAAAGGCAUAUUGCUUUUUGGUCCUCCUGGUACUGGCAAAACGCUACUUGCCAAGGCGCUUGCUACAGAAGCUGGAGCAAACUUCAUUAGCAUAACUGGCUCAUCGCUUACCUCAAAGUGGUUUGGAGAUGCAGAGAAGCUCACGAAAGCUCUCUUCUCCUUUGCAAGCAAACUUGCGCCUGUGAUUAUUUUUGUCGAUGAGGUUGACAGUUUGUUAGGCGCUCGUGGUGGUUCUCACGAGCAUGAGGCAACACGAAGAAUGAGAAAUGAGUUCAUGGCAGCAUGGGAUGGGUUGAGGUCGAAAGAUAGCCAAAGAAUACUCAUACUUGGUGCCACUAACCGACCUUUUGAUCUUGAUGACGCUGUCAUUCGCCGUCUACCAAGAAGAAUAUAUGUGGAUUUACCAGAUGCUGAGAACCGGUUGAAGAUCUUAAAGAUCUUUCUGACUCCAGAAAAUCUUGAAACUGGUUUUGAAUUUGAGAAACUUGCAAAAGAGACCGAAGGAUACUCAGGAAGCGAUCUAAAGAAUCUAUGCAUCGCUGCUGCGUACAGACCAGUUCAAGAAUUGUUACAGGAAGAAAACAAGGGUUCGGUAGCAAAUGGUGGAGCUCCUGAUCUACGGCCUCUGAGUUUGGACGACUUCAUUCAAUCUAAAGCUAAGGUAAGUCCGUCUGUGUCAUAUGAUGCAACGACCAUGAACGAACUGAGAAAAUGGAACGAGCAGUACGGUGAGGGUGGUAGCCGGACCAAGUCUCCUUUCGGCUUCUAAUACAGUUUUGUUAGAUUCAUCAAAUAUUCAAUGUUUCUUCAACAAUAAUUUUUCCAAUUUCACAGACAAUAAAUGUCACUAUUUGAAAUUUAAUCCUAGUUUUUCAUUCCCUAAA